AUGGCUGCUAGGACUACUCUAUCUCAUGACCAUUACACGGUCGGGUGGGUAUGCGCCCUGCCGCUGGAGAUGGCGGCUGCGAAGUUGAUGUUGGACACAAUCCAUCCGAGCCUGCCGAGCCCAUCAACCGAUCAAAACAACUAUAUCUUUGGCAAUAUUGGGGAACACAACAUUGUCAUUGCCUGCCUACCAGGUGGCGCAUAUGGUAUUGUUUCAGCUGCAACGGUAGCGAUGCAGUUGCUCUCUAGCUUCCAAUCUAUCCGAUUUGGCCUUUUGGUUGGUAUCGGUGGAGGCGUACCAAGCAGCAGCGCAGACAUUCGACUAGGCGACAUCGUGGUAAGCCAGCCAGCGGACACAUCUGGAGGCGUGAUCCAAUACGAUCUCGGUAAAGCGUUAAGCGGUGGUCAAUUCGAGCGGACAGGGAUGCUGAACCGGCCGCCCAAGGUUCUUCUGACUGCCCUCACUACACUCCAAGCCCACCACUUUACAGAAGAUAGUCGGGUUCUUGAAUUUAUCUCAGAAAGUCAAGCCAAAAUGCCUCCACGCAGAGCUGCAAAUUUUACACGACCCACUCAAGCGGACUGUCUAUAUCAGCCACAAUACAAUCACGAAGGAUCCGAUACAUGUAUCGAUUGUGAUCGAUCCAAACUGGUUACGCGGAUUCCACGAGAUUAUCAAGAACCAGUGAUACACUAUGGACUGAUUGCAUCCGCAAAUCAGGUAGUGAAAGAUGGCAGACGGCGAGAAGAGCUGGCUCGAGACCUGAGGGUUCUUUGUGUGGAAAUGGAAGCUGCAGGACUUAUGAAUGACUUUCCAUGCCUUGUUAUUCGGGGUAUCUGUGAUUAUGCUGACUCACACAAGAACAAGGAAUGGCAAGGAUAUGCGGCAGCAGGUGGCAGCGGCCUAUGCUAA